AUGGACAGGCAGGAAGUGUGUUUUCUUGUACUCUUGGACUUAAGCUCAGCGUUCGAUACAAUUGAUCAUAAAACUAUCAUUGACGUAUUGGAGUAUCAAUUUGGAGUGACGGAUAGGGCUCUUGAAUGGAUAAAAUCAUAUCUAUUGAACAGGAAACAGAGAGUUGAUCUGGAUAACAAUUUUUCUGAAGACUGUGAUGUUAAGUACGGAGUGCCUCAAGGGAGUUGUCUUGGCCCCAUACUUUUUCUGCUUUAUGUAUCCCAACUAUAUGACAUUAUUGACAGGCACUUACCCUCUUCUCAUGGAUAUGCUGAUGACACGCAACUUUAUGUAUCCUUUCGCCCAGAUUGUGAAGAUAAUUCAGAAAAUACCCUAGCCAUACUGGAAGAUUGUAUUUCUGAUGUUCGUACUUGGCUGUUGUCUCAUAAAUUAAUGUUCAAAGAUUCGAAAACGGAAUUUCUUGUAAUUGGUACACCACAACAACUUUUGAAAAUAAACAUUGAAUCCGUUAACGUUGGUGGGGUCCAAAUUAAGCCGGUUGACAGUGUUCGAAACUUGGGAUCUUGGUUUGACAAGCAUAUGUCAAUGUCAGUUCAUGUAGGCAAGAUAUGCAGUAAAGCAUUCAGAGGACUUUAUAAAAUACGACAAAUUAGAAAAUUUUUAUCUACUAAUACAACGAAAACUUUGAUACAUGCUUUCGUGACAUCACACGUGGACUAUUGUAAUGCUCUGUUGGCUGGCAUACCUCAGUAUCAAGUCCAGCGAAUUCAGAGAGUUCUUAAUGCCGCUGCUAGACUAAUCUACCACUGUCCAAGAUUUUCUCACAUCACCCCAGUUUUGAUAUCACUUCACUGGCUACCGGUAAAAUUCCGGGUGGAAUUCAAAAUUGCUUUACUGGUUUACAAGGCUCUUAAUAACAUUGCCCCUAUCUACAUCUCCAAAAUGCUUAUCCCAAAACAAUCAAGUGAUCGCUGGACAUUACGAUCGGAUGGUCAAGGUCUAUUAUACAUCCCGAAAACAAACUGUAAGACUCUAGGAGAUCGGGCUUUCGCACAUGCUGCUCCACAAUUAUGGAAUUAUCUGCCUCUGGAUGUCAGGAACUGUGAAAACAUUUCUGUGUUUAAGAAACGCUUGAAAAUAUUUCUUUUCAAUAAGGCUUAUAACCCUUUAUAGGUUGAGACCAUAUUGGAUUCUAUCAUUCUUAUUAUAGAUACAUACAUUAGUGUAUAUUCUAAUUGUAUACAAUACCAUGUUUUAUAUAACAUAUUCAAUUCUUAAUAUAUUUAGAUUUUUAUAAUGUACAGCGCUUCGAGUAUAUAAUAUAACAUAUGCGCUUUAUUUAAAUGAAUAAAUUAUUAUUAUUAUUAUACAUAUUAAGGUGAAAAUGCUCUCGAGUGUGCUUACGCUGGGUAUGGAAAUUAUAUAAUACACACUCGAGAACAUUUUCACCUUAACAUAUUACGGAGUGUACAAUUACACAACUCAAUAUAUAUAGCCUCCCAAAAAAACUUUAUUUAUAUAAAACUUCAAGUUAGAAAUAAAUUUUAUUAAAUUUCAAAUAAAUACAUAAAUAGGCCUACGUUUCGGGGCACAGCCCCUUCGUCAGAAACGAGAUAAGUUCAAAUCCAUGUCCUUUGUGGUCAACAUUUGUAUGAACAUUUUUUUGAGGAGGGCCAUUCGGGUCUUGAUGACUUUAAAGCACAGAUUAUCGAUAUCACGGAUAUUUAAUAAACCUACAGAGAGGGAAUGUUUUUGGAUUGAAAAAUUGAAUAUAUAUGUACCACUGGGAUUAAAUUUGAGGGAGGAAUAUUAAUGCAAGUCUAUAUAUUAUUAGUGUAUGUUAAUUAGGAUUGGGCCGAAAGUAUUUAAGGACAUGGAUUUGAACUUAUCUCGUUUCUGACGAAGGGGCUGUGCCCCGAAACGUACUUAUGUAUUUAUUUGAAAUUUAAUAAAAUUUAUUUCUAACUUGAAGUUUCUCAGUUGCAUUUACUCGUUGGCUAAAUUGGAACCUUGUCCGCUAGUUUGUCGCCAAAAGCAUAAGAUCAUUGGCCGUUUCAUGUUUUUUUUCUUCAGAGUUCAAAGUGGUUCAGCCGAAGAUAUAUUCGCAUAUCAAGGACACAGAGAAAUGGAAGAACAAUUGUAUAGAGAUUGCCUGCAGGAACAUAUAUGCAUUUGUAAACAUGGAAAGGUACCUGCAGACGAUUAUGUACAAUGUGACAAUCCGAGGGUAAUAGCUGAUUGCAGUCCACCACAACGAACUAAUGAGAUAGCCGGAG